GCGGCGAGCGCACGCGGCUGGGACGUGAGGCGGCUGUGAGGGGGAAGCAUGAAGGCCGCCGGGGGCGAAGGGAGCAGCGGAGGCGGCGGCAGCCGGCCUCUCCUCAGCAUCCUUCCCCUCGAGGAGCAAGAAGGGCAAAGUGAUGAUCUGACAGACAGUGAUGAAAGUGUAUUCUCUGGACUAGAGGAUUCUGGGAGUGACAGCAUCACAGAGGAUGAGGAGGAAGACCACGACAGUGGGGUCGAGGAGAAGUCAGAAGGCGUCUUGCCCCCUGAAAAUACGCUUGCUGAAGAGGUUUCCAAGAAGAAAGUGCGAUCGCACCGUAAGAUCAAGGGCACAGAACACAAUCCACAGGAGGAGCCACUCUUGCAGAAUGAAUAUGUGGAAGACAGCUCCGAUGAGGAGGACAUCCGCAACACAGUGGGCAACAUCCCCAUGGAGUGGUACCAGGACUUCCCCCACAUUGGCUAUGACUUGGAUGGGAAGAAGAUCUACAGGCCCAUCCGCACCAAGGAUGAGCUGGACAAGUUUUUGGAGAAGAUGGAGAGCCCUGACUACUGGCGGACCGUCCAAGACAAGAUGACCGGAGUGGACGUCAAGCUGUCUGACGAGCAGGUGGACCUGGUGCACCGUCUCCAGAGGGGCCAGUUUGGGGAUGUAAAUUUCAACCCAUAUGAGCCCGCCAUCGACUUCUUCAGCAGCCAGGUGAUGAUCCACCCCGUGACGAACCGCCCAGCUGACAAGCGGAGCUUCAUCCCCUCCCUCAUUGAGAAGGAGAAGGUCUCCAAGUUGGUCCACGCCAUCAAGAUGGGCUGGAUCAAGCCUCGGAAGCCCAAGGAGGACACGCCGGCUUUCUACGACCUUUGGGCUCAGGAAGAUCCCAAUUCCAUCCUGGGGCGGCACAAGAUGCAUGUUCCCGCCCCCAAGCUCCCUUUGCCCGGCCAUGAGGAAUCGUACAACCCUCCGCCAGAGUACCUCCCUACUGAGGAAGAGAAGCUGGCCUGGGAGCAGCAGGAGCCUUCAGAGCGCAAGCUGAGCUUUGUGCCCCGCCGGCAUGAGUGUCUGCGCCGCGUGCCUGCCUACCCCCGCUUCAUCCACGAGCGCUUUGAGCGCUGCCUGGACCUCUACCUCUGCCCACGCCAGAGGAAGAUGCGGGUCAAUGUGGAUCCUGAGGAUUUGAUCCCCAAACUGCCCAAGCCGCGGGAUCUGCAGCCGUUCCCCACUGUGCAGGCCUUGGUCUAUCGUGGCCACACCAGCCUGGUGCGCUGCCUCAGCGUCUCUCCCAGUGGACAGUGGCUGGCCUCAGGUUCCGAUGACGGGACAGUGAAGUUCUGGGAGGUCUGCACGGCACGGUGUGUGAAGACGCUCCCAGUGGAAGGCGCAGUGAAGAGCUUGGCUUGGAACCCCAACCCCACCGUCUGCCUGGUGGGCAUUGCUGUGGAGCAGUCGGUGCUCCUGGUGAACCCCAGCCUUGGAGACAAGCUGCUGUAUGGGGCCACUGACCAGCUCCUGGACGCCUAUGUCCCCCCUGAGGAGGAGCGGCCACAGCCUGUCACCUGGGAGGAGGCAACAGGAGAGGAGAGGAGCCAGGGCGUGCGGCUCAUUGUCCGGCAUGGGAAGCCCCUGAAGCAGGUGACUUGGCACGCCAAAGGCGACUACUUUGCCACGGUGGUGCAGGACAACAGCCACCUGCAGGUGCUGAUCCACCAGGCCAGCAAGCGCUGGAGCCAGGCGCCCUUCCGGCGCAGCAAGGGCCAAGUGCAGCGCGUCCUCUUCCACCCCCUGAGGCCCUUCUUCUUCGUGGCCACGCAGCGCUUCAUCCGCAUCUACAACCUUCUCAAGCAGGAGCUCACCAAGAAGCUGCACGCCAACUGCCAGUGGGUCUCCAGUGUGGCCCUCCAUCCGGCAGGUGACAAUCUGAUCUGCGGCAGCUACGACAGCAAACUUGCCUGGUUUGAUCUGGACCUGUCCACCAAGCCCUACCGGGUGCUGAGGCACCACAAGGCAGCGCUGAGGGCCGUUGCUUUCCACCCGCACUACCCGCUCUUUGCCUCUGGCUCAGACGACGGCAGCGUCAUCGUUUGCCAUGGCAUGGUUUACAACGACCUGCUUCAGAACCCGCUCAUCGUGCCGGUGAAAGUGCUGAAGGGCCACACGUUGACCCACGACCUGGGGGUCCUGGACGUUGUCUUCCACCCCAGCCAGCCCUGGGUCUUCUCUGCAGGCGCAGAUGCCACCGUCCGGCUCUUCACGUAACCUCCCUUCCCGGGUGGGACUGCGCAUCCUGACUCGCUUUCCCAGGGCAGCAGAAAUGCCCUGGGCAAGAGACUGAAGCCUGCAAUACUCGUUUUAUGAUUAAAUGGUUUAGAUACAU